UUAAAAGUUGAUGUUUAAAUAAAGACGAGUUUUCUUUUUAAUACGAAUAUUUUCAUUUAUGUGAAAUGUUUUGUCAAAAACUUCGCGCAUCAAUCAAACUCAAAAACGUCAUAGGUUAUGUCAAUGAGUUCAAUCACUCAAUCAUAUCAAAACAAUCCAAAAAUGAGCAAUUGCAGUAUAAAUUGCAAUUUUUGGUCAGCAAUUUUUGUACUGAAAAAUUCCCGAGGAGCGCCAAUGUCUUCGGAGACAUCUCAGGCAGGAAAUUUGAGCGAAUUCCAAUGGAUGAGCGCGAGCAGGAAGAGGAGAAAUUUCAAGAUACAGAAGCGCGCGUUCCACGUCGAUUGAAGCCUAGCUUGGGCCAGUACGCUAAAAUGAUCAAGUCACAUAUAUCUAAGAAUGAUUUGAAUUCCGCUUUACAGGUCCUCGACUUAAUGAAAGAGAACCGAGACAAGCCCACGAUGUACUUGUACAAUCUCUUAUUAUAUGGGUUAGCCAAACAAGGUGACGUAAAGCAAUGCUUCAGUCUGUAUAACAAGGCAAAGAAGUAUGGAUUGCAACCAAACGCGGCGACCUACACUAGUCUGUUUAACGCGUGUGCUUUAUCUGAUAACAGCGAAGUAGCUCUGGAGCAUCUUAACAGGCUGCGAAAGUCUCUUUAUGAGCGGCAGUUUUCGCUGAACGAUGCGCAUUAUAAUGUCAUGGUAAAGGCGUACAGUUGGCACGGUCAGAUCGUUAAGGCCUUUCAACUGGCGGACGAGAUGAGAGACAGACGUAUUCCUAUCGGAGAGAUCACUUACAACUCUUUGUUCCAUGGGGCAAUUUCUGACAAGGAGGCUGGCCUGCGACAUGCUUUAAUUGUGUGGCAUUUAAUGCGCAUGAAAAAUAUCAAACCAUCUUUGACUACUUAUAAUCUUCUCCUGAGAGCGAUCAGGGACACGAAUUUAGGAAAUUUAAAGCCCGACGACGUUCUUCUCUCGGGAUUCGAUCAAACUAGGGUUUCGAUGUUGGAAGGCGAGAAGCCAGAUUUGUUGGCCUCUCCGCCUAUGUUGAGCACACUUUUACCAAUGGGAAAAGAACAGAACAUUGUGCAACGUGAUACCGAUGUAACUGUACAGAAUUCGGUAAACUUGAAUGACGUAUUGAUCAAGAAUCGUCUGAUUUUAUUCGGUGGUGUAGAAGGAUUUCUAAGUCGAAUGUCCAACGAUGGUGUUACACCUAAUAUCAAAACUAUUACGUUACUCCUGGAUUUAAUUCCAAACACGGUGCCCGCUGAGAAUAUACUCAUCAAAACUGCAGAGGAGAAAAAUAUUGAACUGGACAUCGACUUUUUCAAUAUGCUCAUUAAAAGGCGCAGCAUAAGAUUCGAUUAUAAAGCCGCGAAAGAGGUGAUAAGCAUAGCGGAGAAGAAGGGGCUUUCUCCAAACGUAAUGACAUUCGGGGUUUUGGCACUUGGUUGUCAAGAACUUAUGCAGGCUCAAGAAUUUCUGGAAGGAAUAGAAGUUUUUGGCUAUAAACCCAAUUCUGUAAUCAUAGGUACUCUCAUUGAUACGGCUUUUCAUAAAAAAAAAUUUGAAUAUUUGUUGUUUAUGAUGAGAUAUAUGAUGGAGAACAGAACGAGACCUACUGCGCAGACCAUCGAAAUCAUAAAGAAAUUUUCGGAAGAAUUAUUGAAGAUUGAGAAACCAAAAGCGACGAGCAAGUACAGAUAUCGAAAAUGGAAGCGUUUGGAAAACAAUAUUGAGAAAUUCAAAAAGCAGUAUCCCAAAUGGCAAAAGUUGAUAAAAGAAUAAUUCAUUACAAAA